AUGUCAGAUAUCUCAUUUGGAGGAUUUAUUUCUUUGAAAAAUAUUAAAAAUCCAUAAUAUGAAAUGGAAUAUUUACUAGAUCCAUAAAAUGAUAAAUAUGUAAGAGAUAUAUUGCCACUCAAAAUUUAAAAUUUUGAAAUCAAACGAUUAGAAUGGGUUGAUUUUGUGGGCAAACCAAAUGAAGAAAUGCCAUGGAUUGCUCAUUGUUAUUGGAAUAUUCUAUACGAUUAUUAAAUGGUUGAAGAAAAAGAAGAACCUUUAAUCAAACAAUAACAAUCUCCAAUUUUGCCAACAUAAAAAUAAAAUGAACUUUAAGCUAAAGACACCCCUCAAGAUAUUAAGAAAUCACCUUUAAUUCCUCUCAGAAAAAUAACUGAGCCUUCAGAACAAUAAGGUAUAAGAUAAUCAUCCCCUAAAUUACCACCCAAAUUGCCUCUCCAAUAGAACGAUCAACUACCAAGAAUUAAUAAUCGACUCUUCAAUAAGCCUCCAACUCCUUCGACAAGAGUUUCAAGUGUUUAGAGAAUAACUCGCUUAUCAACACCCAAGAAUUCUUCUCCUUUACAAAAAGUUGCUCGAAGCAAUUCUAGUUCAAGUCUAAAAAGACAAUCACCAGCUCGUUAGAAGAUUAAAUUAUAAGUCUUUUGCAAAUUCUCUGAAAAAUCUUGGGCUAAAUCUACUUCCGAUGAUGAAUUGCUAGAACACGAAACAGGCCAUUAUUUGAUUGGAUGCUUAUGUGCUUUGGAAUUUAAAAGACAAAUUGAACAACUUGGAAUUUUGAAAUCAGAUAACCAUUCAAAUGAAAUUCAAUCCAUCUUUCACACAAAUUUAAAAACUUUUCUAAAAAUUGAAAAAGACUAUGAUGAGCAAACUAACCAUUACUUUGAUACUUAUUUAUAAAAAAAAUGGAAUCACAAAAUAAAAGAGUAAUUGUUAUUAUAUGAGAUGUAUUUUAACAAUUGA